CGGCCGCGGCUGCAUCGCGGCCUGGGGACGCCGGCGCUCCGCUGAACUCGGGGUCCGCGAGAGUGCCCGUCGCGCGUGGAUCUGCCUUCCGCGGUGCGGGGCUGCCCGGAGCGUCCGGCGUUCCCCGAGGGCGGGCGUGUCCUCGCGGCGCUGGGCGGGGGACCAGCGCGGGGCCGCAGCCUGUUGGAGCGCGGGGGGGCCCCGUGCCCGGGGCGCGGGGAGCCCUGCGGGGGACGGCGCGGCCGGGCCCCCUGUGCGGAGCAGUUUUCUCGAACUCUCCACCUCCUCGUUGGGGCCCAGCGCUGCCGGGAGACCCCGUCCCCAUCUGCCGAAGAAAGGAGUGUCAUGAAAAAGGAGCAGAAAAGAACCGUCACUCUCGGUGAAAGGGGAGUUUUCUUUCCCAGUUGGUGGUUACUUCAUGAUUGGAAAAGAAGCACCUAGGUGGCCGAAGCGGUUAGAUUUUUAUAAUUGUACGGAUGAAGCUGAUAAAAGAAGAUAUAAGAAUACUUUCUCUGGGUCAUAAUAGGCGAUGAGCCAGCCUGAACAGGACAGAUUUGAAAUGAGGGCAGAAAGGUUGAGUUUUUCAAAGCCAAGUGGGACUUUGCACACUUGUUGAGGAUGUUCUCUUCCCAAAAAUGGAAGAAGAAAAAAAUCUCAAAGCAAAAGUGUAAAAAGCGGAAGGGAAUAACAACCAAGUCGACUCCAAGAAUUUCAGUAGUUCAUCGACUCCUUCGGGCAAACACCCCUCACCCGCAUCGUACACGUGGGUGAUGGGAUCACUAGUGUUGGUUUCCCCUCCUAGGAACGACUUCUUGAUUUGGAUUUCGGAGUGAUUAUUCUUCCCCCCCCCCCCCCCCCCCCAAUGUGUGUUUUGACUCCUCAUGUUAGAUUUACGGAAAGGAAGUAAAUCCUGAAUUCAUGGUAUGUUUGACUAUACCACUGCUUGGUGUGCGAUAUGGAAACAUUAGAGGUUGUAACGUUCCUUGAAGUUGUAUUGGAAGCAGAGCUCUGCCAGGCAGACAGAUAGUGUACGUUUUCUCUUCUUGGCAACCCUGCUUGCUUUGAAUGAACCGAAUGUCAGCUGGAUCUCACAGCAUAUAUGAUUUACAGUCUUUGUUUUUUCGGGGCCUUAAAUGUAUGUUUUAUACUGAGCAGAUGGGAAACACAUUGAGCACUGUGUGUGACCUGUAUGCCUAAGGAAGGGAGCUCCCCGAUGGAUCAUGGCGUUGAUGUUUACAGGACAUGUCUUGUUUUUAGCAUUAGUGAUGUUUGCUUUCUCUACUUUUGAGGAAUCUGUGAGCAAUUACUCUGACUGGGCAGUUUUUGCAGAUGAUGUAGAUCAGUUUAAGACACAGAAAGUACAAGAUUUCAAGCCCAAUCAAAAGCUGAAGAAAAGUAUGCUUCAUCCAAGUUUGUAUUUUGAUGCUGGCGAAAUCCAGGCCAUGAGACAGAAGUCUCGUACGAGCCAUUUGCAUCUGUUUAGAGCUAUCAGAAGUGCAGUAACAGUUAUGCUGUCCAACCCCACAUACUACCUACCUCCACCCAAGCAUGCCGAUUUUGCUGCCAAGUGGAAUGAAAUUUAUGGUAACAAUCUGCCUCCUUUAGCAUUGUACUGUUUGUUGUGCCCAGAAGACAAAGUUGCCUUUGAGUUUGCCUUGGAAUACAUGGACAGGAUGGUUGGCUACAAAGACUGGCUAGUGGAGAAUGCACCAGGGGAUGAGGUGCCUGUCGGCCAUUCCUUAACGGGUUUUGCCACUGCCUUUGACUUUUUAUAUAACUUAUUGGAUGACCAUCGAAGACAAAAAUACCUGGAAAAAAUAGGGGCUGUUACCGAGGAGAUGUAUGAGUAUUCCAAGGUCCGUUCGUGGGGCAAACAACUUCUCCAUAAUCACCAAGCUACUAAUAUGAUAGCAUUACUCACCGGGGCUUUGGUGACCGGGGUAGAGAAAGGAUCUAAAGCAAACAUAUGGAAACAGGUCGUCGUAGAUGUGAUGGAAAAGACGAUGUUCCUUUUGAAUCAUAUUGUCGAUGGUUCUCUGGAUGAAGGUGUGGCCUAUGGAAGCUACACGGCUAAAUCAGUCACGCAGUACGUUUUUCUAGCCCAGCGCCAUUUCAGUAUCAACAACUUGGAUAAUAACUGGUUGAAGAUGCACUUUUGGUUCUAUUAUGCCACCCUCUUACCAGGCUUCCAAAGAACUGUGGGUAUUGCAGAUUCCAAUUAUAAUUGGUUUUAUGGUCCAGAGAGCCAGUUAGUUUUUUUGGAUAAGUUUAUCUUAAAGAAUGGAGCUGGAAAUUGGUUAGCUCAGCAAAUUAGAAGGCACCGACCUAAAGAUGGACCAAUGGUCCCCUCCACUGCCCAGAGGUGGAGUACUCUUCACACCGAAUACAUCUGGUAUGAUCCCCAGCUCACCCCACAGCCUCCUGCUGAGUAUGGUACUGCGAAAAUGCACACGUUCCCUAACUGGGGUGUUGUCACUUAUGGGGCUGGCUUGCCAAACACACAGGCCAAUACCUUUGUGUCCUUUAAGUCCGGGAAGCUGGGGGGCCGAGCCGUGUACGACAUAGUUCACUUUCAGCCAUACUCCUGGAUUGACGGGUGGAGAAGCUUUAACCCAGGGCAUGAACAUCCAGAUCAGAACUCAUUCACUUUUGCCCCAAAUGGACAAGUGUUUGUUUCGGAAGCUCUCUACGGACCCAAGCUGAGCCACCUCAACAAUGUGCUGGUAUUUGCUCCAUCACCUACGAGCCAGUGUAACCAGCCCUGGGAGGGUCAGCUGGGAGAGUGUGGCCAGUGGCUCAGGUGGACCGGUGAGGAGGUUGGUGACGCAGCGGGGGAAAUCAUUACUGCCUCCCAACAUGGCGAAAUGCUAUUUGUGAGUGGGGAAGCAGUGUCUGCUUACUCUUCAGCAAUGAAGCUGAAGAGCGUGUAUCGUGCUCUGCUUCUCUUAAAUUCUCAAACGUUGCUCGUCGUUGAUCACGUUGAGAGGCAGGACGGUUCCCCAAUAAAAUCUGUCAGUGCCUUCUUUCAUAAUCUGGACAUUGAUUUUAAGUACAUCCCCUAUAGGUUUAUGAACAGGUAUAAUGGCGCCAUGAUGGAUGUAUGGGAUGCACACUACAGAAUGUUCUGGUUUGAUCAUCAUGGCAAUAGUCCCAUUGCUAGUAUACAAGAAGCAGAGCAAGCUGCUGAAUUUAAGAAACGGUGGACUCAAUUUGUUAAUGUUACGUUUCAGAUGGAAUCCACAAUCACAAGAAUCGCAUAUGUCUUUUAUGGGCCAUAUGUCAAUGUUUCCAGCUGCAGAUUUGUUGAUAAUUCCAAUUCUGGACUUCAGAUCUCUCUCAAUGUCAAUAAUACCGAACAUGUUGUGUCCAUUGUAACCGACUACCACAACCUGAAGACAAGAUUUGAUUACCUGGGUUUUGGUGGCUUUGCCAAUGUGGCUGAUCAGGGCCAAAUAACCCGAUUUGGUUUGGGCACCCAAGCGAUAGCAAAGCCCAUAAAACAAGAUAGGGUUAUUUUCCCCUUUGGAUUUAAAUUUAAUAUAGCAGUUGGGUUGAUUUUGUGCAUUAGCUUGGUGAUUUUAACCUUUCAGUGGCGGUUUUACCUUUCUUUUAGAAAGCUAAUGCGGUGGAUCCUAGUCCUUGUUGUUGCCUUGUGGUUUAUUGAGCUGCUGGAUGUGUGGAGCACCUGCACGCAGCCCAUCUGUGCAAAAUGGGCAAGGACGGAGGCCGAGGCCAGCCCGAAGCCUUUGUCUUCAGAAGGGCCCCACACUGACCUUCCCAGUGUUGUCGUUACCUCACUUCCUGGUUCAGGAGCUGAAAUCCUCAAACAACUUUUUUUCAACAGUAGUGAUUUUCUCUACAUCAGAGUUCCUACAACCUACAUUGAUAUUCCUGAAACUGAAUUUGAAAUCGACUCGUUUGUAGAUGCCUGUGAAUGGAAGGCAUCAGACAUCCACAGUGUGCAUUUCCGUUUACUCCGCGGCUGGUUGCAGUCCUUAGUUCAAGACACAAAACUGCAUUUGCAAAACAUCCAUCUGCAUGAACCCAGUCGGGGUAAACUGGCCCCAUACUUCACAGCAAAUAAGGACAAAAAAAGAAAACUGAAAAGGAGGGAGUCUCUGCCCGAACAAAGAAGUAGAAUGAAAGGCACCUUUGAUAGAGAUGCUGAAUAUAUCAGGGCUUUAAGGAGACACCUGGUCUAUUACCCAAGUGCACGUCCUGUGCUCAGCUUAAGCAGCGGGAGCUGGACCUUAAAGCUCCAUUUUUUUCAAGAAGUCUUAGGAGCUUCUAUGAGGGCAUUGUACAUAGUGAGGGACCCUCGGGCAUGGAUCUAUUCAAUGUUGUACAGUAGCAAACCCAGUCUCUACUCUUUGAAGAAUGUACCAGAGCACUUAGCUAAACUGUUUAAGAUAGAGAGAGGUAAAGGCAAAUGUAACUUGAAUUCAGGCUACGCUCUCGAAUACGAAUCAUUGAGGAAAGAAUUAUCAAAAUCCCAGUCAAAUGCAGUCUCCCUGUUGUCUCAUUUGUGGCUCGCAAACACAGCAGCAGCGCUGAGAAUAAAUACGGAUUUGCUGCCCGCCAGCUACCAGCUGAUCAAGUUUGAAGAUAUUGUACAUUUUCCUCAGAAAACCACAGAAAGGAUUUUUGCCUUUCUUGGAAUACCUUUGUCUCCUGCUAGUUUAAACCAAAUAUUGUUCGCCACCUCCACAAACCUUUUCUAUCUUCCCUAUGAAGGGGAAAUAUCACCAACUAACACCAAUGUUUGGAAACAAAACUUGCCUAGAGAUGAAAUUAGACUGAUUGAGAACAUCUGCUGGACACUGAUGGAGCGUCUAGGAUAUCCAAAGUUUACAGACUGAACGCUGCAGGUCAGCAGACAUUUGCACUAACACUUGCCAACGCGGUUUGUGGACGUGAACUAGAAGAGUUUGUUUAUUCUUGUACUACGUGUGUGCGUGCGCGCGCGUGUUCCGUUCGUUACUUGCACAAAGAUUAUUUUAAAAAUAGGCACCAUGUUUGGCCUCGCAGGAUUUAUUUUUACGUCACUGCUUUCCUUGCCUGUGUUUCUGAAGUUUUCUUUUUUUUUUUUUUUUUUUUUUUCUGUUGCAAUGUUCCCGCUACAGAGGCACAGAGGAAGUUACGGGAUGGUGGGCAGGGGAGGUAGGAAGAUUUUCCGGGCUUUCGUCGAACUCUCUCCCUCACCUGUAACUGUGCUGAUCUAUAUGGGAACCUCAAACACUGCAAAAGGCCUUUCAAUUGCUGCUUUGCCCAAGCAUCUCUUGCUUUCAAGAUGGACUACAAAAGUUCCUUAUCUUUUUUAAAAGAUCUUCUAACACAUUUAUCUUGCACCAAAAAAGAAAAAAAAAAAAAAUUAACUGUGUAUAAUGUUCAGUGCUAUCACUGGGGAAAUGGUGAAACCUCCUACCAUAACUGUAGGAUUCCUUCUGGAAAAUACAGAUGGAAAUACAGAAUGAGCAUUUUUUUUUUCUUCUUAGAGGUCAGAAACAGUGACCUGAAAAGCCUCCUUUAAGUUUUUUAUUCAGAAGUAAUAAGGAGUCAGUCUUUGAACAACCUGGGUACCAAGGGCUGGGAGAGUAUUUUAGACUUGCUUGUCUGUUUAAAACUCUCUUUUCUCUUCUUUGCCUCCUUGGAGCUACAGCUGUUCCCAUCCCACCACUCCCACUGUCCUUUCUGUCACUGUCAUGCAAACCAGUCGAUGGUUAUUAAUUGUGGAAGGUCCGGACGUUUGUGGGGAUCCCCCCACCCCCACCCCCUGACGAUUCAUUUUGCAUUAAAGCCUGACGCAGACUUAGAAUCAGAUUUCUUUUUGUGGAACGAUCACUGUACGACUCAAAGCCAUGCCCAUGCUGCCAGUGUUUUUUUUUUUUAGGCUGGAAAUGAGUUGGAAACCUGCCUGACUCUCUUGCAUCCCUUUGAAUGAGUUUACAGACUGCCAGUGUCUGCAAAAGUUGAAGGCAAAUGGGAGAUGAUGUCAGAGGCAUCUGUUUCCUUUACCAUCUGCAUCUUAUUAUAAAUGUAGUCGUCAUGAGAUGUGGUUCAUUUUAUUUUGGUAGGCCCCGAAAUCAAAACGCCAUGCCAUUAUAAGCCCGUGGAGUGAUUACAACGCGUUGGAUGAAAACCAUUAGGCAGUGCCCAGCCCUGAUGAAAGAAAAUCUCUGUGCAGAUUGCUGUCUUCCUGACGUUUCAGACUGUGGUUCCCCCAAGCUCUCGAGCACUCGGGGGUCUGUCAUUCUGACCUAGAUAAAAGCGGUUCCUUCUCAGUCGUUUGUUAUUAUGUCAGAAUGUGCCUCCAGAGUGAUGAGGCUGUGGAUAUGUUACAGCCCGGCCAACCCUAAGUGGCCUGUCAGUUUUCUUCCAUUAGAGUGUGAACACAGACCGCUCCUCCCCCCUCCCCAUGUACUUCCUUCCCAUCGCUGGCUGCUUUCUCGCUCCAAUGUCAAAGUGAACGAAUAUCAUAUUAAUAUAAGUGGAGAGGGCAGCCAAAGACCUGAGUCUGCACAGGUAUCCUCCAGGGAGGUUACUCUUCCUAUCUCAGGACCAGCAACAAGCAUGUAACACUGCCGCGCGGGUGACAGCACUCGUUCUGUCGUUGGUCAUAGUCUGUGUGUCUCCUGUCCGUUCCCGGGACGUGUGAUGUCAGAUCAGAUCCAGGGAAAAGGCUUUGGGUGGCCAGUAAUAGCAGGUCUGAUCAGGGUAAGAAUUACAAAUGGGUGCAGGUCACAGAAGAAAGCAGAAGCUGUACCACUGCCUCUGAACUUGGUGCAAACACCCCCAUGGGCAGCAGGGGGAACCAGGUUGAAGAACCAGGUUGAAGAUGUGGGGGGCAUCGGGAGAGAUGGGGAAAAUGAAAAAGACUGGUUCUGUGAAUGAAUAUGGGAACGUGUUCUUGAUAGCUAAAGAAAGGGACAUAUUUUAUUUUAUUUUUUUUCCCCAGUGUUUGUUUAUAUUUCAGGGAGACAGAGUGCGCGUGGGGGAGGGGCAGAGAGAAGAAGGAGACAGAAUCCGA